AUGAAGUUCCUCCUUCCCGCCGUUCUCUCCCUUACACCCUCCCUCGUCUCUGCCUGGGGACAGCUGGGACACCAGACUGUAGGACUCCUGGCGCAGACUUAUCUUCUCCCAGGCACGAUCGAGAAGGUCCAGUACUACCUCAAUGACACGACCCCAACGUAUAUGGGUAAUAUCGCGACUUGGGCAGACAGCUACAGGUAUACGGAAGGAGGUGCUUUCUCUUCAGGAUAUCAUUUUGUGAAUGGGCAUGAUGAUCCACCGCCACAUUCGUGUAAGAUUGAGUAUCCUGGGGAUUGCCCUCCAGAGGGGUGUAUUGUCAGCGCCAUUGCAAAUUAUACUGCAAGGUUGCAGAGCAAGAAGGUUGAGUGGAUAGAUAAGAGGGAUGCUCUGAGGUUUCUCAUUCAUUUUCUCGGGGACAUCACCCAGCCCCUUCAUACCGAAGCCUACGGUACUGGUGCCAACGAUGUGGCCGUAACAUUCCUCGGGAAGUCCACAAACCUGCACGCCGUCUGGGACACAUCUAUCCCUAACCUCAUGCUCAACGUCACAAAUAGCACUCCCACCUUUACCGACUCCUUGGGCUGGGCAAACAACCUCGCUGCAAAGGUCAAUGCGGGUGAGUUUAAGCGUGAGGUUGACAAUUGGAUCCGGUAUCACGACGUCAAAGGUGACGGGCCGGCGAAGAGUGCGGCAAAGUGGGCUCAGGAUUCGAAUAAGUUGGUGUGCGGGUAUGUGCUUGAGGAGGGACCAGAAAAGGUUAAUGGGACAGAGGUCGCGGGUGGUGAGUAUUAUGAGGGAAGCACUGGGAUUGUGGAGAUGCAGAUUGCGAAGGGUGGGGUGAGGUUGGCAGCAUGGUUGAAUAUGAUCUUUGAAGGGAAGACCGGGUUUUAA